AUGUCUGAAUCGAAGCAGCCUCACUUCGAGACCCUCCAGCUUCAUGCGGGCCUCCAAGCUGACGUGCGUCUUUUCAGUCAUGAGCCGGAUUCGGCGACCAAUUCUCGUGCAGUCCCCAUCUAUGCGACCACUUCAUACGCCUUCAAUGACUCCGCGCACGGCGCCAGACUCUUUGGCCUCAAAGAGUUUGGCAACAUCUACAGUCGGAUCAUGAAUCCAACGGUCGAUGUCUUUGAGAAGCGUGUCGCUGCUCUUGAGGGCGGUGUUGCAGCCGUCGCUGCUUCGUCAGGCCAGGCAGCACAAUUCAUGGCCAUUUCCGCCCUUGCCCAUGCUGGUGACAACAUCGUAUCAACCAGCAACCUGUAUGGCGGCACAUACAAUCAAUUCAAAGUCCUCUUCCCUCGCCUAGGCAUCAAAACUAAAUUUGUCCAUGGAGACAAACCAGAGGACAUCGCUGCAGCAAUCGAUGACCAUACAAAGGCGGUAUAUGUCGAGACUAUCGGGAAUCCCCGGUAUAAUGUACCCGACUUUGAGGCCAUCGCUAAGAUUGCCCAUGAGAAGGGUGUUCCUCUUGUGGUUGACAAUACCUUCGGAGCCGGUGGUUACUUCUGCCGCCCCAUUGAGCAUGGUGCUGAUAUUGUUGUGCACAGCGCCACGAAGUGGAUUGGCGGCCAUGGCACUACUAUCGCGGGUGUCGUCGUCGACAGUGGCAAGUUUGAUUGGGGCAAAAAUGCAGCACGCUUCCCCCAAUUCGUUGAACCUUCCGAGGGCUAUCAUGGCCUAAAGUUCUGGGAAACCUUUGGUUCCAUUGCCUUUGCUAUCCGUGUACGGGUGGAGAUUCUGCGUGAUUUUGGCUCAGCUCUGAAUCCCUUUGCUGCGCAGCAGCUUCUGAUUGGCAUCGAGACUCUGAGUCUGCGUGCACAGAGACACGCAAGCAACGCCGUUGCUCUAGCCAACUGGCUUCUGCAAAACGAGAACGUAUCUUGGGUAUCGUACCCUGGGCUGCAAGACCACCCUAGCCACGAGACUGCCAAGCGCUAUCUCACCCGUGGCUUUGGCGGUGUUCUGUCCUUUGGGGUCAAGGGAGGUGCUUCUGGUGGUAGCCAGGUAGUGGACGGCUUUAAAAUGAUCUCCAAUCUUGCAAAUGUCGGAGAUUCCAAGACGCUUGCGAUUCACCCAUGGUCGACAACCCAUGAGCAGCUUACUGAACAAGAGCGUCUUGACUCCGGGGUCACCGAGGAUGCUAUCCGCAUCUCUGUUGGUACUGAGCAUAUCGAUGAUAUCAUCGCAGAUUUCGAGCAAUCCUUUAAGGCUAGGGAUGAGAAGUCGCAUCACGAAGCCGCCAUAAGUGAGCACAUUGCACAUACGGAAAAGGGAACUAGGAUGGAGGCAAUACUAGGAAGAAGGGAAAUCCGCACGGAGAUGAGACGUGAGAGUUCCGAGUCAGCAAACUCAGACCACCCCUUCGCCCGACAAGAGCAACGAACUAUUGGGCUGUCCAUCUGGCAACUGGAGCACGGGGUGUGGGGAGAAGAAAUGCGGAGUUUUAUGGAAUAUGUCGUGCUCCUGAUUCGCCUCCUGGACAACGUACAGUGGUACAAGCGCAUGCCUUCCGCUAAGCAAUCAAUGUGA